CCUGAUUAAUCAAUAACGAAGUUUCAUGGAAAUGAUAACAGUAAUGGUAAAUUAAAAAGUUACAGAUAUAAGCAUGCUCUCCUUGCCCACAUAUAAAUACACACAACACAAGGCUUAACCCACAACAACUACUAUUGCAGUACGACUACUACAUCCUUCAACAUCCAAAACCCUAUUCAAAACCAAUUCCAAAACCCUAACAAGUGAAAAUGUUUGAAGAUAUUUACUUGGAGGCUGACUUUGCUCUUUUGGAGUCGAUUCGGCAACACCUUCUCGACGACAAUUUUGAUACUAAUUUGCAAGAAUCAUCAGCAACAGCUUCAGGCAGUCCUCCGCCGAUGUACUGCCGGAGUUUAAGCUUCAGCAACCUUUUCUUGACAAAAAGUUGGAGCGACAUGCCAUUUAAAGUGGAGCUGGAAGACACUAAUGACGUUGUUGGUGCUCUGUCUGAUGGCACGGCCGGGUGGAGUAUGUUAUCAGAUCACCAUCACGUUGAUGUUAUUGAGACCACACCCGCAAAAUCUGAGCCUCAGGAGGUUGUCAGAGAAGAGAUAGCGGUGGCGCGCGAGACCCGCACACCAUUGACGGGGCAGCACUUCCGGGGAGUGAGGCGGAGGCCAUGGGGGAAGUACGCGGCGGAGAUUAGGGAUCCCAAGAAGAAUGGGGCUAGAGUGUGGCUUGGAACUUAUGAGACGGCAGAGGGUGCGGCUUUGGCUUACGACCAAGCCGCUUUUAAAAUGCGCGGCUCCAAAGCCAAGCUCAAUUUCCCUCACCUAAUUGGCUCGGGAUGUGAGCCGGUUCGGGUAACAGCGAAGCGUCGAGCCCCGGAGGUUUCAUCUUCUUCUUCUUCGUCGGAUAGUGGGUCGCCGAAGCUGAAAAGGAGGAACAGUGGAGUUGGCUCGGGUGCUGAAGCCAAGUCGGGUAGCACUAGCCGGUUAGAGAUGGUUGAGAUGAGCCAGCUAGCUGUUGUUGAUCAGUGGCUAAGUGAUCUUGACACUACAAUGGACUCUAUGCCUAUAAAUUAUUGUUAAGUGGUUUAUGAUUAAUGUCUGGUUAAUAAUUGCAUUGUUUAGAGAGUAAUUAGAGAUUUCCCAAGUGUAAAGUGUUGGAUUUAAUUUUUUAGGCUUAAUCGAAUAAAUAGUUAUCGUGAUAAUAAGAUAUUCAGAAAUUG